GCCGCUGUUCACUUCUUGUCGUUCAUUCGACCGCUACUUCUUUGGCCACCACUCGCCUCCGGUGCAUAUCGAGGAACGUAUAGCGCAAGUAAGCAGGUACUAUGUAGUUAGUGGCAUACGUGGAUGGAUAUGAGCAUUCCGGUUGUUACGUAAGAACGCACUUGGACACGAGUGACCUUCGUUGGAGAAUAAGUGAACUUUUUGGAUACUCCAAAGGAACAUACACAUAUAGUAUAUCGGAAGAACAUUCGCAACAUUUGACGAAUCGACUAGUGGUCGCAGCGCAACGACAACAGUGGUAUGCCACCCAAUUCAGAGGAUACCAGGAGGAUGGACUCCUUCAAAUGGUUUGACGAUAUGAUAACGAAGGAAAAGCAGCGACCGCCGAUCUAUAAUCCGGAAGAUUAUGCCCUGUCGUUGAAGAAAUGGGGACGGCGACCGCCAGCCAAUGGACCUGGAUUAUAUUCGAAGAUGAGCGUUGAUGAGGUGGACACGGCGACUAAGGGUCAGGGGGCGACUGGUAUCAGGGACUAUAGGAAUCCAAUGCUGACUUCAAACGGUGGUUGCGAGAUGACUUUGCGUCAGUUUGGUACCGUUACCGAGUUGUUGUCGAAGCUGCGCAAUGAUCUGCGGAUGGCUUACCCUAGCUUCGUUCAAGAAUUUAUUUCCGAUCCCCUGGAUGGUAUAACACUGCUCUUGGAUCUACUACGUGCAAUCCAGCUAAGCCAAUCCAAUGCGGGAAACGUUCCUUCGAGCCAGAAGAUAUCUUUGACGAUUCAGAGGAGAUCUCUUUUAGAUGAGUUGGCUUGUCUCCAGUGUCUGCUAUCAUGCUGCCUUCGCUAUUCCGAGAGCGUCCGAAAGCUGACGUCUUCAUCUGCUGGUCUCUUUACUUUAUCAGUUUGUAUUAUGAGCAACGUUAAUAAAUCACGCAUAAUCGCAUUACAGUUACUCACAAAGGCUUGUGAGUCUACCAGUAAUGGGAACAGCACAGUGUCUGAGGCGCUCAGCACGCUGCGACUUCGCUUUGGUGAGCCUGUGAGGUUUCGGUUCCUCGUAGGAAUGCUGACUUCAGCUGGAGGUCAGAGCGAACUUAUCGUAUCUGGCAUGAAAUUUAUCAACACCUUCAUGGAGAGCGCUGGUUCCGUACAAAAGAAGCUCUACGUACAGGCGGAACUAGAGCAGGCUGGCUUCGAUCUGGUUAAUAUCAAAAAGAAUAUAACGCUAAAUUCACCAUCGGCCGAUGCAACAAUUACCGAGCUGGACCGGUGGGAGAAAAACUUCAUCGACGCAGAAUCUUUGAAGAUUCGUUUAGACGAUACGGAAAGAGAAAACGACUCGCUAAGGGACAAAGUCCUUCUUCUGGAGAGACGUAUACAAAUUUUGCAAGAGGAAAAGGGUAUUUUAAUGUCUUUGGAGAAGUGCUUGAAAGAAAGAUGCAGCGAACUUCAGGACGAGGUCAUAUCAUUGAAAUCACAAAAUAUAAACUCAAAUUCAAGUCCUGAUGAUGAAGGAAUUUCGUCAUCGCAGCGUAGUAGCAGUUCAGACAAUCUACAGGAAGAACCAACGAUUUACGAAAUGUACACCGUGCAAAAUGAGGAUUCAUCGACGAAGCUUCAGUUCAAAACUAAUUCCCUUUUAAAUGAAGACGACGAGGACGAGACUACCAUUGAUGAAGUAAUUGAAGAGCUUAGGAACAUCAUUAACGAUGCAGAAACGGAGGAUUUCGAAAAGGCGAAAAUAGAGGAGGCGCAGGUGCAGAGUAAGAUUCAAAUGCGGGUGGAAGAAGAGAUGUUCGUGGUCGGCGACGACGGUGAUGAAGAGAUCGUACCUUCAAACCUGCAUCCGCAGCCACCGCAAAAGACUAGAAGCCUGGUGCAUCUCUAUAUACCCACAGAUGAUUACUACAACAAGGAGAUUUUUUUUGAACACGAGUAUACUACCAGCGACGAGAGCUCGGAUUCAUUAUUAAGCGCAACUAAAUAUGAGAGCAAACAAGCAGAAAGUCGUCCAACUGAUAUAAAAACGAAAAGCAAGAGUUUGGAUAGGAUCGAUGACGGAUUGGACGCGAUGGUGGACAUCGUUACGGUGAACGAUCAGAAACCUGAAAGCAGCAAGGGGAAAUACGUAAAUCCGAAAAUGUUUUUACCGUUGCAGAAGCACGAGGAAAACAGGUACUAUUUCCCACGUGUCCAGGAAAAGAGAGCAUCCGCUACUAGCAGCAAUAGCUUCCUCGUCAAGCGAGGCCACGGAAAUGCUGGUAUGUAUUCCGGGAAAAAUUACGAUCAGCCCAAAAACGACUAUUUCACUACGACUGGUAGUCGCAACUCAUCCAGUAAGCUCACAGAUUUUCCAUCUGGUUUAUACUGA